AUGACGACAACAGCAACCCCCACCUUCGCCAUCCCAGGCCAACUCCUUGGCCCCGCGUCACGCUACCAGCCCGGCCCGGGAACGCACUUGCACGAGUUCAACUUGUACGCCUCCCUCCUGGGUCAAGUCCAGAUCACGCAGCCCGCGCGCGCCCCGGGCCCCGCCAAGCGGCUCACCAAGAUCACGCCCGCCCCGGCGCCCGCCGAACUGCCCACCAUAUCCGUCAUGCCAACACAAUUAGCUUCAGCUGCUUUGAAAAAGAGGGAGGUGCUUCCCCAGGUGGGCAACGUGGUGCUGUGCCGGGUGAUUCGCAUCACGCCGCGGCAGGCCGUGGUUGCAAUUCUCGUGUGCGGGGACACGGUGCUCGAGGCCGAGUGGCAGGGGUUGAUCCGGGUGCAGGACGUACGGGCGACGGAGAAGGAUCGGGUCAAGAUUUAUGAGAGCUUUCGGCCGGGCGAUAUUGUCAGGGCUGAGGUGAUCUCGCUUGGUGACCAGGUAAAUUAUUACUUGUCGACGACGAGGAAUGAGCUGGGUGUUAUCUCGGCUGUGAGCGAGGCCGGAAAUACGAUGGUGCCUAUUAGCUGGAAGGAGCUGAUGGAUCCCAAGACGGGGUUGAUGGAGCUAAGGAAGGUUGCGCAGCCACAGUAA